UUCCUCAGAAGAUUCAAACCUGUCAAACAUGCAGAGUCUGAAAGCAGCACUGUACCUUUUUGUGACCCAAGUCACUAAAUCAGUUGGUGUCUACACUGCAGCCACUGGGAUUUUUAUCUAUCAUGUCGUAUUUGACAAGGACUUUGAAUGUACCUGCAAAGUCCAAGCCUUUCUUUGCCCGUUCUACAUGAUCCUCCCUGCAUUUAUAAUAUUUUUUAUGUUGCUGUGGUUGGAUGGAUCCUUUCAGGCGAUCCUAAAAUACAGCUGCCUGAAAGGUACAAAGAGGUUUUGUUGGUUUUUGCUGCAGCGGAUCAUCAGAGCUGUUUUCAUCAGCCUGCUGUGGCCGAUGUCGGUGCUGAUCGAUGGAGAUUGGUUCAUCUGCUGUAUCCAUGAGAAGAUACUGAACUGCACAGAGUCCAGUCAAAUGAGUACUAAAGAUCUCAAAAUCAAAUCAAGGAUCACUGGCUUCGGUGCGCUCCUCUGCAUCAUCUUUCUGGCUGCCUGCUUGUGGCCGAUACCAUGGAGGAAAUGCUGCACUCGUCAGCGUUUAAAGGACUGCUGCUGUGGAUCAAAUGAAUCAAAGCCUCAGAGUGAAUCAGAGAGUCUCGGCAAAGAUGUUCUCUUCAAACUGAUUGUUUUGGAAGAGGGUGAAAAUUUACUGACAAAGAAGCUGACAGAGGUUGCAAAAGGCAAGAUAGAUGAAAAAUUCAAUGAGUAUGCAGCUGCUGGAGAAUGGGAGAAAUGCUGUGGUGUUUUGGAAGAGAUCGUUGAUCCUCCAAAACAAAAUAACAACCCUAAUCCUCCACCUGAUAGAUCACAGUCUAAAUCCUCUAAAGACAAGGAAAGUGGAAAAGGCAACAAGCAUGUGGCUACUGGAAAAAUUGAGGAAGGUUCUGAUGCUGAGAAAGAGCCGAUUGUUCAGUCUCCACCUGAUGAAUUACCGUCUAAAUCCUCCCCUAAUGAGGCCUCAACCUCAUUGUAGUCUGUCAAAGACCAAGUCUGCUUUCCAGUGUUUCUACUCACUUCAACAUUAGCGCCUCUCUGUGGUCAAAGCUAAAGCUGGGCUAGAUUUUAUCAUCACAACUGCUCUGUUGCUAACUUGUUGGUAGUUGUCCAGAAAUGUUUUCCCAGGACUCAUACGUAGCUCAGACUGGUUUAAAGAGGAUUUAGAGACAUUUAAUCUUUGUUCCAUUUGAAGCAUCUUUCUGUUCCUACACUUGAAGCUUUUCUUCUGUUUCUGCUGAUUGUGACUGCUGCCAUUUAGACUGCAUUAAUAAUGAACUAACUACUGCUGAGCUCAGGGAUUCACACAUUUGUGGGGAUUAUUAAGUUCUUAUCAUGUAUUACCAAUUAUUUUAAACUCUAUGUCAUGUUGAAUAUCACACUUCCUGCAUGUUAUCUUUUCUGGUUAGUAAUAAACAUCUUUAAUGAUCA